UUCUGACACUUUGACAGAUCUACACAGUGAGAUAAUUUGAACUUUGAAGCAUAAAUUGUGCAUAUAUAUUCGACUCCUAGCAACAACCUUUCUUCACAAAAAAUGGCAGUCACAGAGGAAUUCAAGCACUUUGUGAUUGUCAAGUUCAAAGAAGGUGUAGUAGUAGAAGACCUCACAAAAGGAAUGGAGAAGCUUGUCUCGGAGAUUGAUCUUGUCAAAUCCUUUGAAUGGGGACAAGAUAUUGAAAGCCUAGAUGUGUUGAGACAAGGUUUCACUCAUGCAUUCUUGAUGACAUUCAACAAGAAAGAAGAUUUUGCUGCUUUUCAGAGCCAUCCAAACCAUGUUGAGUUUUCUGAAAAGUUUUCUGCAGCUAUUGAGAACAUUGUGCUGCUGGAUUUUCCAUCGACACUUGUUAAGCCGGUCAAGGCAGCUGAAUGAUCUUGAAGAAUGGAGAUUUAAUAUUCCAGCAAUAAAGAUUUCAUCUUUUGGAAGAUGAGGAAUGUUAUGUGUUUGUGUGGUUGAAUGUGCCUUAGUUGUAUGUUGUUAUUGUUACUAUAUGUGCAAUUUGAAUUCGUAAUGUGAUGAGUUUUGAAUGGUAAUGAUAAACUUUUUUUUGGGUUCUAA